AUGGAUCAAUUAAAUUACAAGGAACAGCAAGAAUUCACAAAGGUUGUUGAGCAGAAGCAGAUGUCCGACUUCAUGAGACUUUACACAAGUCUCGUGGAUAGAUGCUUCAAUGACUGUGUCAACAACUUUACUUCUGACAAACUCACCGACCGGGAGACUUCAUGCCUUAACAAAUGUGCUGAGAAGUUUUUAAAACACAGUGAAAGAGUUGGUCAAAGAUUCCAGGAGCAGAACCAAGAAAUGAUGAAUCAAAUGAGAGGAUCAAAAUAA